AUGGAUUCCCCGGUGUCAUCUCAAGAUAAUGACAUCGAAGUCAACGUGGUGUCUGGAGCAAGCAGUCCGGAUAUUACUUCCUCGCCGUCUAGAAGAGAACAGAAGAGUCCGUUUUAUGAGUUGAAGAAGGAUAAAGAGGAGAAGGCGACGGGCAGCGCGCCAUACACCAGCUUCUCUAUUAGUUCUAUAUUAAAUAGAACGGAGCCGAGAAGAGAAUCAAAUGUUCUAGAAGCCGCGUUAGCUGCUAAUCACUUUGGAUCCAAUGAUGCGAUGCUUUCAAGAUUGGGUCUUAUCUCGCAGUGGAGCGCGCUGGCCGGGAGAUACGGCGGCCUAGUGCCCGCGCCCUGGUACUGGCAACGACCGCACGAACGGACCCCGCCUAGAGAAGAAUCAACCAAUGAAGAAUGCUCAGCAGGGGGUUCCCCCCGCCCGCGCAGUCCCCCUCGGGCCCCUUCUCCUCCAUCGCCAUCCCGUUCCUCUCCUCGGUCUCCCCGCCUGCACCCCGCACUCUACCCCCAACAGCAAGACCCACAAGAUUCCGAUCCUGAUGUCGACGAGAGCGAUGACUUCGAUAAAGACGAGAAAAGAGAUCCCAAUGCCAACUUAGGUAAACGGAAGAAGAAAACACGUACAGUCUUCUCUCGUUCACAAGUCUUCCAACUGGAAUCAACCUUCGAUAUGAAG